ACUUUCAAAAUGAAGAUUCUGGGUGGAGGGUCUCUUCAACUUGUCUAUGCACUCCUAAUUUUAGUGCAUAUGCAACCCUCCAUUGGAUUCAAUUCAACAAUUGGUGAUGAUGAAGUUAGGUGCAUAGAGAGCGAAAGACAAGCCCUUCUCGCAUUUAAGCAUGGUUUGGUUGACGAAUAUGGCUGGCUUUCCUCAUGGGACAAUGAAGAAAAGAAAAAGGAUUGUUGUGAAUGGGAAGGAGUUCGAUGUAGCAACACAACUGGUGGAUCUCUUCCUACUCAGCUUGGGAACCUUAGAGGUCUGCGGUAUCUUGAUCUUAGAUAUAAUCAGUUUGAAGGUUUGAUUCCAGAAAAUCUUGGUCACAUGACUUUUCUGGAAAAACUAGAGCUGGCCGGUAACCAAUUUGAAGGAGGGAUACCAAAAUCCUUUGGGAACCUGUGCAACUUAGUUUCCCUAUAUCUGUGGCUUAACAAUCUUGACGGAAUGCUUCCUGAACUUAUUGGUAACUUAUCUGGAUGUCUACAACUCUCCUUGGAAGAAUUGAUUUUGGAUGAUAAUAAAAUUAAGGGACCCGUGUCUGAUAUGAUAAAAAAUAUCUCCUCACUGCGAUGGUUGUCUCUUUCCAACAAUCAACUAAGUGGUACUGUGAGCAAAAGUAUUGGACUCCUAUCAAACCUUGAGGGCAUAGAUCUUUCUUCGAAUUCUUUGAAUGGGACUAUCAGUGAAUCACACUUUUCUACACUAUCCAAGUUACGGUGGUUGGCCAUGUCUUCUAAUUCUUUGAGCAUCAACUUUAGCAAUGACUGGAUUCCUCCAUUCCAGUUGGAUUCUAUAAGACUUGGGUCGUGCAAGUUGGGCCCAAGGUUUCCAAGCUGGUUAAAGUCCCAUAGAAAAUUUUCUUAUCUUGAUAUCUCUGGAAGUGGAAUUUCAGAUAGCAUUCCAGAGUGGUUUUGGAACCUAUCUCCUACAGCAUCUCAUGUGAAUCUUUCUUCCAAUCGUCUCUAUGGAGUCUUGCCAAAUUUGUCAACUACAAAAUUUGCUGAUUCUUUUGGCCUUGGGAUAGAUUUGAGUAAAAAUCAGUUGGAGGGUCUAUUACCAGUAUUCCCUGUUGAUGUCACAUCCAUAAACCUAUCAAAAAAUAGGUUCUUUGGAUCAAUUUCUUCUCUCUGUACUAUAACUGGUGGCAACCUUCAGUUCCUUGAUGUUUCACACAAUCAACUAUCUGGGGAGUUUCCUGAUUGCAUAACGCAAUGGCCAAUAUUAGCUAUUCUAAAUUUGGCUAAUAAUAAUUUAUUUGGGAAAAUUCCAAGCUCUAUUGGAUCUUUGUCUGGCCUUCAAUCGUUGGGUUUGCAAAACAACAAUUUCUCUGGAGAAAUACCUCGGUCCCUAGGAAAUUGCAGUGCCUUGCAAUUUUUGGAUUUGAAUUAUAAUAGCUUCUUUGGAAAAAUACCAACUUGGAUUGGAGAAAGGCUGAGUUCACUAAUUUUCCUUCUUCUGAGAUCCAAUAAUUUUAGUGGAGACAUCCCCUUGAAGUUAUGCUGGUUGACAAAUAUUACGCUGCUAGACCUCUCCAACAACAAUCUAUCUGGAAACAUACCAUGGUGCAUCCAGAAUCUAACUACAUUAGCUGAACAGGGGAUUUCUGCCCAUGAUCAUGAUUUUAUAGAAUCACGUAUUGGUGCUGAUGCUUGGUACGGAGGAAGCUAUGCUGACAAAGCAUUUGUAAUGUGGAAAGGAAUGGAGCGUGAUUAUGAGAAUGGAAAUCUCAAGACUUUGAAAAUUAUUGAUCUUUCAAGCAACAAAUUAACAGGAAAGAUUCCUGUGCAGAU